UGCCGACACAACAAUGUCUUGGUCGGACACUUUUCCUGUUUACCUAGACAAUCUUUCGACGUUUUACACGUUCUCUGUAUUGCUGGCGAUAGUAGCGCUUUUCGCUGCACAUUAUUACCAGGAUGCAGCAGACACCUUGCAGAUCAAAGCCAAAAGAAAGCAUUCAGACGCCAAAAAUGAACAAGAAGAGUCUUCCGACAACAAUGAUAAGGCUGAUACGAUAGAGUCGCCGUACAUCAAAGGAGAAUUCGGUGGCGCCCUUGGUAAAAUCAAAGCUGCGCAGCACAACGUUCUGCUUAAGAGUCUGGGCGCGGACGACACAGAAGAACAGAAGAAUCUUGAGAAAAAGGUGCAGGAGGAGCAACUGACCGCCAUCUGGGAGCUGCUGAGGCAACAGGAGGAAAAGUUUAUGGUCGGCAGCAAGGAAGAACUCCAAGAUCAGCUGCGACUCUACAGAAGCUAACCUCCACAACACCUCGAAAUGGCAGAUUUGUGUCUUUCUUACAAUUUAUCAAAGUGUGGCAGAAAUUUUAUUUCUGCUGCGUCAGGAAUACGUGUGAAUGACUACGACCUGAUGUAAUCUAAUCGUAGUAAAUGCUGUUUAAAAUGAGAAAAAAUAA